CUCAACAGCUGGCAUUUGCUUUGUUUCCCUUGAAUCUGCUCUUUUUAAUCAAUAACCAUACUCCAAUACUAAACCUGCUGUAACUGUAACUUUUACCUGUUUUGAGCUUAGCUUCUCUAUGCAAGUCUGUCUUGGAAAGGGAAAUGGGAAAGAUGGAUAUCACCCUGAAAAGUUUCAUAGUGAGAGAAGAGAGUGAACCAGGAUAACAAAAGAAAAAUUCUAUUUACUUAGAGGAGAAACCAGCAGAGAAAAAGUAUCUUAGGAUCCAAAACCCAUUAUCACAGACUCAGUGUAGCUGACCCUCUGUUGACCUGACUCCACCCAUGAAGGACGCAGAGUCCAGCCUUGACCAAUGACUUCAAUGGAUGAUGGACAACAAGGGGCCAGACCUUCAGUCAUGCAGAAUAAAAGGCCAAACCUUCCAGCAAUAGCACAAACCUGCUUCUGUCACAUUUGUGAUCACCAGCAAGUUCCAAGACCCGACACCAUGGUGCAUUUUACCCCUGAGGAGAAGUGUAUUAUUAGCAAACAGUGGAGCCAGGUGAAUGUCGAAGAGACUGGAGGAGAAGCUCUGGGCAGGCUCCUCGUCGUCUACCCAUGGACCCAAAGGUUUUUUGACAGCUUUGGAAACCUGUCUUCUUCCUCUGCCAUCAUGGGGAACCCCAAGGUCAAGGCCCAUGGCAAGAAGGUGCUGACUUCCUUCGGAGAAGCCAUUAAGAACAUGGACAACCUUAAGACUGCCUUUGCUAAGCUGAGUGAGCUGCACUGUGACAAGCUGCAUGUGGAUCCUGAGAAUUUCAAACUCCUGGGCAACGUGCUGCUGAUUGUUCUGGCCACUCACUUUGGCAAGGAAUUCUCUCCCGAGGUGCAGGCUGCCUGGCAGAAGCUUGUGUCUGGAGUCGCCAUUGCUCUGGCCCACAAGUACCACUAAGCUUCCUCCACAGUCGCUUCAUGCUCCUAUCAUUCCCACCACCUUCCUUCCAUAUGUGGGGACUGGGCUCAUCUUUGAUGGCACAGUUUCUGUUUAAUAAAGUGCAUUCUGU